AUGACUAUAAGCGACUCUACUAUUACGAUUAACCCUCCGGCUGCCAGAAAAAGAAUCAACUGGAAAAAAUUUGAGCAAGAACUAUCGCUUAAUUCUCCAAAGCUGACGACCAAACUAUCAAACCCAACAGAAAUCGACAACGAGGUUGAUUCAUUUACCACACUCAUAAAGUCAACAAUCGAAAAAUGCUCCUACCUCAUUAACAAACCUCAAACCAGAGAGCCACUCUCCCCCGAUAUCCUACUUGAGAUUGCCACCAAACGAAAUUUAAGGAAAGACUGGCAACGCACUAGGCAUCCAGCAGUAAAGACAAUGCUAAACGCCCAAAUAGUGUAUGUCCGAAACCUCCUUAAAGAACACCGUCAAUUAGCAUGGGACCGUUUCACAUCCACACUAAAUUUCCAAGAUCAAUCACUCUAUAAAUUAAAUCGUCGUCUGCUUCACAAGAAGCCAGCUUCCGCCCCGUUAACGACAAACUCCGGUCAAAAAUCUACGACACUAAAUCCAAACUGGAUCUGUUUGCAGACACAAUGA